AUGCCGGCACGUGUGAUUUUUCAGCGAUUUUUGGCCUCCUUAGGAUUGCUGAACAACGCCAUCCUUAUUAUUUUAAUUUGGAAAAAAUCGCCAAAGAAAUUAGGGAACUACAAAAUUCUCAUGAUAUACAUUGCAGUUUUUGAGAUUCUUUAUUCUUUACUGGACUUAUUGACCACUCCAGAAUGUUUUAGUAAAGAUUCUGUGUUCUUGAUUAUUAUCAAUUUGAAUUCUACUUUUGUUCCCGAAUUUGUCGCUACUUGUGCAACUGUUGCAUAUUGCUCUUUAUUCGGUAUGUCGUUGGCAAUUUUCGCAAUCCAUUUUGUCUACAGACAUCUAGUUGUGGAAAAAAGUCCUUUAAUUUUUCAAAACCACGUGAGAAAGAUACUAUUAUUGAUAUUAUUUACAAUACUAAUUGGAUGCUCUUGGACAACUUCAACUGCAUAUUUAUGUGGUUCGAACAUUUAUGCAGAUGAAUAUUUGACACGUCAAUAUUUGCCACUCAAAAAUUUGAAUCUACCUGAUAUCAAAUAUAUAGGCUCUUUUUUUCGUUUUCCUGAUGAAAAUGGAGGAUUUCAUUAUAAUUGGAAUUCAUUUAUUGCUCUGUCAUUUAUGUUAAUACUCAUUAAUCUCAGUUUCUUGACGGUAUUCUACUGUGGCUACCGUAUCUACAAAACAAUUAACACCCUGUCAUCAAUCUCUUCUUCUGCCGAAUCGUCACUCAACUCCCAGCUGUUUUGGGCUUUAGUAUUCCAGACAAUAAUUCCAGUAAUCCUGAUGCAUAUUCCUGCCUGCGCUGCAUUUUCUUUCUCAAUUUUUGACUAUUCCUUCGAGUUGCUUGGAGAAAUACCUACAGUGACUAUUUUAUUGUAUCCGGUUUUGGAUCCACUCCCCAACUUUUGUAUUAUUAAAAACUACAGGCAGGCAAUUUUGGGAUUUUUCCGAUGCUUCAAACCGCGAGCCGGUUCGGUACAACCACAUACUCGGACAGUUUAAAUCCUCCUGCUUGUGGUACAAUUUAUUGAACCUGACGGAUAGGAAGAAUAACAUUAUACGUAAACUAGAAAGUUACGAAUAUAUUUUUGUUAGAAC